AUGAAUAUUUCGGAUAAAGAAUCACGCGAUCAAAUUCUCCGAGGAACUUUUUAUUCAGCCGGAGUAGGAGCAACUACAGGAUAUUUAGUUGCGUAUAUAAAAAAUAAACCUAGAUUUCACUUUACAAUAUUUACAGGAAUAAAUUGUGGAAUUUUUGGGUUAACAUUUUUCAGUAUUAGAGAUGCUUGUUUAUCUUUUCAAAAAAGUAAAAACCCUGAUUAUGGAUUAUUAAAUUCUCAAACAAGAGAAAUUGAUGAACUUAUUAGUAGUACAUUUUCUGGCGGUUUAACUGGUGGAUUUUUGUCAGUUUUAAACCGUGGACGAGGAGCAGCUUUACCGGGAUUUAUUAUAUUCUCUACUAUAUGUGGUGCGGGACAAAUAUGUUAUUCUACCAUAUAUAAUUACAGACAAACAAUAAUUCUUAGAUCAUCAAAUCAAGAUAAAAAACUUUCUAAUACAUCCCAGAAUAUACCUGAUGAUAAUACCAAAGAAACAAAUAUUCAAAAUAAAAAAAAGAAACACAGCUUUUUAGAUUGGUUAGCUGCAAUAAAAUGGUCACCAGUUACAAAAUUAUCCGAAGAACAAUAUCGAGAACUUAUGAAAGUUAAAGAAGAACAAUUAGAAAAAGAAAAAUAUGCUAAUAAAAAAUUGGAUUAA